AGGCUAGUGAAACAACGCUAUUGGACUAGAGACACUCGAAUGAUCGGCUUUGAAUUGUAUAGUGAACGAGUGGGUGAAUGACUGAGUGAGCUAUAGGAACGAAAUAUACAGUUAGGAGCCUACUGAUGAUUUGAUUGGAUAGAUGAUGAGACUGGUGAUCAGAAAGAAGUAAAUGUAUUUUUAUGAAUAAGAGACGGAGCGAGGAGAGGAUUGCACAUCUGGAUAUGUUGGUAUUCGUCACUCGAUAUUUUCAGCAAAUUAAUUGAACAACAUAUUUUGUUGUACAACGCUGUCUGGAAAACAUCUCCCUUCCCUCAGUCAAAAGAAUCGCAGCUGGCUUAUUUGGUGGAAAUCUAUCAGAUCUGCCUCCAGGACAAGACUCAUCCCAGUAAACAUCAAGCUGCAGAAGAGUCACACCAUUUCACCAUUGUGCUUCAGUUGGACAGACUGGACAGAGCGUAGCUGACACAGCGACGGUGUGAGUGGAGCAGAGAGAACCGAGGAUGGGGGGCGGAGGCCAGCAGACGGAGUCAAGCGAGCCGGCCAAGGGUGGCGUGGUUGGGCCCGGUGGAGGGCGAGGAGGGCGAGGUGGCAGUGCAGUCUACACCUGGGAAGAGGUCCAGAGGCACUGCCACAGAGGCGACCAGUGGUUGGUCAUCGACAGGAAGGUCUAUAAUAUUACCCAGUGGGCAAAGAGACACCCGGGUGGCAUCAGGGUCAUCAGUCACUUUGCUGGAGAAGAUGCCACGGACGCAUUUUCCGCAUUCCAUCCUGAUCCUAAUUUUGUCAGGAAGUUUCUGAAGCCGUUGCUGAUUGGAGAGCUGGCACCGACAGAGCCCAGCCAGGACCAGGGGAAAAAUGCAGCUCUGGUGCAGGACUUCCAGGCCUUGCGUGACCAUGUGGAGAGUGAGGGUCUCCUCCGUGCCCGCCUCCUGUUCUUCAGCCUCUACUUGGGCCACAUCCUGCUACUAGAGGCCCUGGCUUUGGGCCUGCUCUGGGUCUGGGGGACCAGCUGGAGCCUCACACUGCUCUGUUCCCUCAUGCUGGCCACGUCUCAGUCCCAGGCUGGCUGGCUGCAGCAUGACUUCGGCCACCUGUCAGUCUUCAAGAAAUCCAGCUGGAAUCACGUACUACAAAAGUUUGUCAUUGGACACCUAAAGGGUGCCUCUGCUAACUGGUGGAACCAUCGUCACUUCCAGCACCACGCUAAACCCAACGUGUUUAGUAAAGAUCCUGAUGUCAACUCACUGCAUGUCUUCGUCCUGGGAGACAAGCAGCCUGUAGAGUAUGGUAUAAAGAAGUUGAAGUACAUGCCCUACCAUCACCAACACCAGUACUUCUUCCUCAUUGGACCUCCACUACUUAUUCCAGUGUAUUUCCACAUCCAGAUAUUGCGGACCAUGUUUUUACGACAGGACUGGGUGGAUCUGGCGUGGUCGAUGAGUUUCUACCUUCGCUUCUUCUGCUGUUACUAUCCCUUCUUUGGUUUCUUUGGCUCAGUAGCAUUGAUCAGCUUCGUCAGGUUUUUGGAAAGCCACUGGUUUGUAUGGGUGACCCAGAUGAAUCACCUUCCUAUGGAGAUGGAUCAUGAGAGACACCAGGACUGGCUCACCAUGCAGUUGAGCGCUACUUGCAACAUUGAACAGUCAACCUUCAACGACUGGUUCAGUGGACACCUCAACUUUCAGAUUGAACACCAUCUGUUUCCUACCAUGCCCCGUCAUAACUACCACCUGGUGGCUCCUCUGGUUCGUGCUUUGUGUGAGAAACAUGGAGUUCCCUAUCAGGUCAAGACCAUGCAGCAAGGCCUCACUGAUGUUGUCAGGUCACUGAAGAAGUCAGGGGAUCUGUGGCUGGAUGCAUAUCUCCAUAAAUAAAUCCCUUCCUGACUCUGGACGGGAUUUUAAAUCCAUCGCAGAUUAACAACCUGCGAACAGAGAAGACAUUUCCUAGAUGUUUUUGAUGAUAAUAAUCGCUGCAAACAUUAUUGUGAUAUAAUUGUUUUAAUCCUUGGCAGCAGUGAAUGGGGAUCCAUAGCAUAAAUAGAGGGUUUAUAUAGUAGGGCCAGGCGUUUAAAAAAAAAUAAAAACUGUUUUUAUUGACCUAUA